AUGGCUCGGAUUUUCCUCACUGGUGCCUCGGGCUACAUUGGCGGGGAUGUUCUCCACCUCCUAAAGAAGACACAUCCAGAAUAUGAAUGCAGUGUUUUGCUGCGGGAUAGCGGGAAGGCCGCUGCUAUAUCAAAGGUCUUCCCUGAUGUCCGUAUUGUGCUGGGUGAUCUGGAUGCUGCGUCGUUGAUUGAGGAAGAAGCCUCGAAGGCGGAUGUCAUUAUCAAUGCUGCUAGUAAUAAAAACAUGACCUGCGUCGAGGCUAUUGCCCGCGGACUUUCCAAGCGCGAUGACCCCAAGCCAGGACAUUGGAUCCAAGUAUCAGGCGCAAGUGUGAUUUCCGUCCCAGAUAUUCUGAACGGCACCUUUGGUGAGGCCGCUGGUAAAGUCUACGGGGACAUGGACAACGCCGAAGAAGUCCGUGAGAUCAUUCGCAAGAAUUCCGGUAUGCGGGUUGUAGACAACUACCUCCUCAACAAUGUCAAGGGUCCCAAGACUGCCCUGAUUUUCCCGCCUAUAAUCUACGGCGAGGGCAGGGGCGUCAUCAAGCAGCGCAGUGUCCAGAUUCCCGAGUUAUCGCGUGUGGCGAUUGAGACGCGACAGGUCGUUCAGGUGGGCAAGGGCGAGAGCACCUGGAGCAACAUCCAUAUUUCCGACCUCAGCGAUCUGUUUGUGAAGCUUGUCGAGAAGGCUGUUCAGGGUACCGAGGGUGAUCUGUGGAAUCAGAACGGUCUUUACUUUGUUGGCAAUGGCAUGAUGUCGUUUGGCAAGAUUUCGCAGCUCGUCGCGGAUGCUACACACAGGCUUGGCCUGACUGACUCGACAGCUGUCAAGAGCCUCAGUGUUGACGAGGCUGAUAAGCUAUGGGCACCCGCCCGAGUCUUCUGGGGUACCAACGCGCGCAUGGAGGGGCAGCGAGCCUCACGUUUUCUGGGAUGGUCUCCGAAGCAGCACCCAGUUGAGCAGGAGAUUCCGACGACCGUUAAGGUGGAGGCGACGCGACUGGGCAAGUUAUAA